AGCGCAUGCAGCGCAUACCUGUAGUCCCUAGAUAGUUCUAGAGCCACGUAUUACUUUUCCAUUGGACUCCUUGGUGUACAUCCCUCUUACUGAGUAUUGUCGAUCGAGAAUAUUCAAGAUGGUGUCUCUUAAAAUAGUGCUUACACUUUGCUUGGCAUCACUGUGCUGUCUUGGAAAUGUUUCUGGAGAGAAAAGCAAGAAACUACAAAUUGGUAUAAAGAAGAAGGUGGAAGAUUGCACCACUAGAUCACGCACAGGAGAUCGUCUUUCUAUGCACUACACUGGCAAGUUAGAAGAUGGAACAGAAUUUGAUAGCAGUAUUCCCAGGAAACAAACCUUUGACUUUACACUAGGAGCUGGGCAAGUUAUUAAAGGCUGGGAUCAAGGUCUGCUCAAUAUGUGUGAAGGAGAGAAGAGGAAGCUAGUUAUCCCCUCAAACCUUGGCUACGGUGAUAGAGGAUCACCCCCUAAGAUUCCAGGUGGAGCCACUUUGAUCUUUGAGGUAGAACUAAUAAAGAUUAACAGGAAAGAAUCAGACGAACUAUGAUAACUUUCCAUCUUAUUUUCAUUCAUUUCUUUUAUCAUUUAUCUCUUUUGUUAGAUUUCAUUUAAUCAUGUAUUUAGGUAAUAGAUGUAGAAGUUUGAAAGAACACAUUAAAUGUGAGAAAAUGAACAACUAUCCAAUCAACUUACCUAGAACAUUUGGUCUUAAAUAGGUACAUUAAAUAUUGUCUACUGAGAAACCAUAGGGCAUUAACUCUUUUAAAACAGAAUCAAUGCCUUUCCGGCUCUCAGCAAGUGAUAUUUCUUAGUCACAGAUAUAGCUUUUGAGUACUUUUUUUAACCUUGGUAUUCACAGUCACUUGUCAUUUUUCUUUUAAAUCUGUAUUUUUUAUAUCAUGCUAUUGAACCUGCUUCAUAUUCUCAAUUUUUUUACAACAAACAAGAUAAAUUUGUUAAAUAAGCAAAGGGGAAGCAACAAUAGAAUGCCACUGCAUGGCUCGGAAUAACAACAUUUCAGGUUAACCUUGUAUUAUCCCAACUUGCUUGUUAGUUGUUACACUAUGGUAAAUAAAUCAUGAUUGAAUAAUUACAAAUCGGCCUUCUGACCAUCUCAAAGAA